AUGACGCUUCAAAUCGGCGACAGAAGAGGCAGGAAGCGCAAGCGUAACACCGUAGCAGGGGACAAGAUCCACCUCAAAGAGCGAGAGGGCGGGAUUGGAACUGAAUUGCGCAGGUUCAAGAAUAGCUCAGGCGAUGAUGCGGAAGUGGUUGAUCUCGACAUCAAUAACACCACGAACGAGAUGGACUUGAAUGAUGAGCUGGAUGAAGAUGAAGGACAAGACGACGCUUUGGCCCUAAUGAGACGAGGUGAGGAAGUGGGCAAGGACGAACAGACCACGGUGCCAGUCUCUCCGCAGAGGGCCUCAGAACGGUUGCUGCAAAUGAGACUACGGCCUUCUGCAAAAGUAGCGAGAAUAGCUCUGGUGAACGCACGGGAUGUCUUCGUUGUCUUUGUCUCCCAGGAUCCAGCGAAAGUUUUGUCGUGA